AUGGGCGGCUGCCGCCCGCUGGGCCUGCUUGCUAAGCUGCAAACGCCCAGGGAGCAGGGCCCGCCUAUACUCCGUAGCGAAACUGGCAGCAGAGAUCCCAGCAGCCCCCCAGCAGUGGCUUUGCACCCGAACGGGGCUCCUGGACUCCUGCUAAAGCCCGAGCAUCCGCUUCCGCUUGGGUUCCUAGUACAGAGCAGCAGAGUGGUAGUAGUACGUACAGGCUUCAUAGUACUUCCACUGCCACUCUCACUUCCACUUCCACAUCCGCUUUCACAACACCAUCGACAACUAUCUACACCACCGAGUAACCUCGCCAUACUCGCCCGCCCUCUCACGCCCUCUCCUCCACCUCCCCCUCCCCCCGACCCUCUCGAUCUCGUCCUCCGCACCGUGCGCCCUCUCCUUCCAGCGCCCCUCGAAACCACCUACUCGCUCGUCGCCACCGCUGCUUCGAAGUACUAUCACCGCCAUUUCCAGUACCCCUCCCCCACGGCUUUAUGUACAAACCAUAGCGUAACCUCCCAGCCGCCUCCUGCUCUUCCUCCAAAGCCUCAAAGCCUCGCCCGUCCCACCGGGUACGGUGGAAGCGCCCCUCGAAGCCGCGUUGUCCGCAAUACGCCCCUCUGCGGCCAUGUCAGAACCUCACACCUACUAUCCGGCGACCAUGGGCUCCCAGACUUUCACCAAGGCGAAGCUGCCCUUCUCCUUCCCCUCGAUACCGAAUCCCAUACCUCGAAGGUACCGCCGCCGGCUGCGCUCCAAGUUUCGAUCCUCGCAAUCGCCCGCGUCGCGCCAGGGCCGAUGAUGAAGACGGGCGCGGCUUCGUUGCUCAUGCUGGCACUUCUCAUGCCCAUCACCAGACAAUUCUUCCUCCCCGUCCUUCCAGUCCUCACCUGGUUGGUCUUUUUCUUCAAUGCUCGAUUUAUUCCUGCCGAGUACCGUCCGCAUAUCUGGGUGAAGGUCCUACCUGCACUCGAAAACAUAUUUUACGGGGCCAAUUUGAGCAAUAUCCUCGCCGCUCAUCAAUACGUAACAUUGGACAUCCUUGCAUGGUUGCCAUAUGGGAUUUUGCAUUAUGGCGGCCCGGUCGUGUGGGCGAUUUUAAUGUUCCUCUUUGGGCCCCCAGGAACCCUCCCGGUCUAUGCGCGAUCAUUUGGAUACCUAAGCAUCACUGGUGUCAUGAUUCAGUUGCUCUUCCCAUGCUCGGCUCCAUGGUAUGAGAACCUGUACGGUCUUGCAGCUGCAAAUUACUCCAUCGAAGGAUCAGCAGCUGGCCUGUCGCGUAUUGACAAGUUAUUCGGAAUUGACCUUUACACGUCAAAUUUCAAAGCAUCACCAUUGGUGUUCGGAGCGUUUCCCUCCCUGCACUCUGGAAUGACAGUUCUGGAAGCGCUCUUCAUGAGCCAUUGCUUCCCCAAGCUGCGACCAUUACUCAUUGGAUACACCAUGUGGAUGUGGUGGGCAACCAUGUACCUAUCUCACCAUUAUGCGGUGGAUUUGGUUGGGGGCGCUUUCAUUGCGGCAAUCACCUUUUAUAUGGCCAAAUCGAGUUUCCUGCCGCGAAUUCAAAUGGACAAGACCUUCCGCUGGGAUUAUGAUUACGUGGAAGUUGGGGAUGCCCCGAGCGUAGGCGAUUACGAAUAUGGUCUAACUGUUCUGGACACCGAUUUCCACACUGGCAGCAGCGAUGAGUGGACCGCCGGAUCGUCGUCCUCAUUCUCCUCAGGCUCACGCAGUCCCAUCGAUGAUGGCCAGUCUUGGGAGGGCGAGACCCUCGCAUCCCAAGUGUCAGACAGUGAACUUAACGAAGUCAUCGUUCGGUGA